AAUUAGGGUUUCUUUCUGGCUCAGUCUUUAUCACACUCCGCUAAUCUUUGGAUUCUUAGAGACUUUUUGUGCUUCAAUGCCUGCGAAUUUUGUCUGCAAAUUCCAGAGAGUGCCAAGCGGUUCCAUUCUUGAGCGAUUUUGGCAUAGAGCGGAGGCGGGCUAUUCGAUUCAGUUUAUAUCACUUGCCCUGAUUUGACUAUAGCUGCGGUGGCUUCCUCUUAUGGCGCCUAGCCGCAGAAAGGGCGCUAGCAAAGCAGCCGCCGCUGCCGCCGCUCGCCGCCAAUGGAAGGUCGGCGAUCUUGUACUUGCUAAAGUGAAAGGCUUCCCUGCUUGGCCUGCUACGGUAAGUGAGCCUGAGAAGUGGGGUUACUGCACUGACUGGAAGAAAGUACUUGUUUACUUCUUUGGCACCCAACAGAUAGCUUUCUGCAAUCCUGCUGAUGUUGAAGCAUUCACUGAAGAGAAGAAACAAUCUCUUCUUGUCAAACGUCAAGGAAAGGGUGCUGACUUUGUCCGUGCGGUGCAAGAGAUUAUUGAUAGUUAUGAGAAAUUGAAGGAAACCCAAGUUGACAUAACUGACUCUGGUGAAGUGUCCGGUGUAAAUGUUACAAUUCCUGUUGAUUCAUCAGCCAAAUUAUCUGCCAACUUAGGGUUAAAGGAUGAGACACGGGACCAUGAUUCCGUACAUAAUUCUCAAAUUCAAACUUUGACUUCUUUCACUGACCAACAUGAGACAACGCACGCAGCUGAGGAAGUCUUGGCAGUUGCACCAAAGGAUGAAUCAUCUAGUAAAGAGACUUCAUCAAAGGAGCUUAUUGAUAAUGCUGGUGCUACUGCAAAAUCUCCUUAUCCAGUUACUUACUCUUCUAGAAAAAGAUCUGUGGACUUGCGUCCUCAGGGUAAUGUCUCACAGAGAAAUGCACCUGUUCAGAAGUCUAGAAGUUCAUCACGAGUCCAAAGCUUUGUGAGGCCUUGUAGUGAUGGUGGGAAAAGUGCUGUUGAUGGAUCAGCUAGUGCAGCUCAGAAUGUAUCUGUGAGAAGAAGUAAACGCGGCAGGAAAUCACCUGAUAUUUCUGAAUGUGAUGAUGCUGAUCCAUCUGCAUUUGCUUCAAAUGACAGCACGGAAGACAAUCGUUCUGAAAUUCUCACUAUUGAUUCGGAUCCCCUUAGCCUGAAUGAGGGAAGUACCAUGGACUCAAACUGUAAACUCGAACUCUCUGAGACUAUUGAGUGCGCAGAAGGAGAAUUUGAGUUGAGCAAAGGACUUGUUGAACUAAAGACUCUAGUCAAGAAGAAAAAAAGAAAGCCAAAUCGAAAGCGGUUGACUGAUGAUUCUGCCAAGCGAACCACUAUGCCAGAGGAGGAUGCUGGUGUGUUGAAUUCUAGUCAAAGGUCACAGGAUGUUUGUGAACGCCCAAAAGAUAGAUGCUCCAAGCAAGAUGGUGAUGAGCACCUGCCACUUCUGAAACGAGCUAGAGUCAGAAUGGGUAAAUCAUCAGCUACAGAUGCGGAACACAAUAGCAUUACAGAAUCUCAAGAUAAAAGAUCUGAGGAGAACAGUAUCAACUCAUUUCAGCAUGUAUCCUCAACUCAUGACAAUCUUAGUAUUGCUGAGGGAGACUUGUCUGUGUCAAAUAUGGUAAUGGAUAAUGUUUCUCCUCCAAAGAGUUCUGUCCCAUGUUCUGAAAGUGGGCCUCAGAUUUGUAAAAUUAAAGACCAAACUUUAGGCUGUUCUUUGGAUGUUGAAGCUGCUUUACCUCCAUCUAAACGCCUCCAUCGAGCUCUAGAGGCCAUGUCAGCUAAUGCUGCUGAAGAUGGUGAUGAUCAAGAUCGUGCAGAAUUAUCACACAGCACAAUGACAUCAAAUAGUAGAUGCUGUACAUCUUCCAUCAAUAGAUGUUCUUGUACAGCCUCUAAUAAUCAAGGUGAGAAUGACUUUGAAAUGCUAGAGAUGGGCACUUGUGGCAAUGAUUCUUCUCAUUUUAAAGCAUGCAAUUUCUCAACCAGUUUAAAUUCAGUAAUUUGUAAUCCUUCAGAGAAUAAAUUAUCUGUAGAGAUGGAUAAGCAAAUGAUUGAGCUUCCAACCCAUGAAAUUUGCAAGGACGUCCUACCAUAUGGCAAAGACAGAGAAGUCGACAAAGAACCUACUAAUUCUGUGGUAUGUCAGACUGAUGGAUCUGACGCCCCAAUUCAUUUACUUGGAAAUUUGUCUUCUAAUCUUGAAAUGAAAUGUUGUGAAGUUGGAAGCAGUCAGGAUUUGCCUGGUUCAUUGCUGAUCCCAAAUGAUGAAAGCAAUAUCAGAGCCGCUGACAUUUCAAAUAAAGCAUCUGGUUUAUCAGAACGUAUAGGAACAGGUCAUGAUCCCGCAUCAGGUGCCAAUGAAAGUGGUGAAUUUUCAACCCAAAAUAUUGCUCAUGUGCCUCAAAAUGAAGUUCCUCAAGAUACUGGGUGCUUGAAGCUGGCUGUUGAUGAUAGCAGCAAUUUGAAUGAGAUGUGUGAGGCUGUGAAAGACGUCACAUAUAAAGGGCCUAAGGAGGAUAUGAAUUCUGGUUCAAUUUCUGAUGAUUGCUUUGGUGAAAAGGAUAUUAUAGGUCUUCAGCCAAGUCCAUCUUUGACAGAUGGGGGAGAUUGCCCUGCACAAGGAUCCCCACCAAAUACGUCAUUUUGCAAUGUUUCUACAUCAGACAGUAGCAAUAUCCUUCAAAAUAAUGGCAGUUGUAGCCCUGAUGUGCAUUUACACCAGAAGCAAACUUUUUCUGGUCCUACUGGUGAUGGGAAGAUCGAUGGGUUUGCAGCAACUCAACGAUCAAAAAACAAGUCCACUGAAGCAGGACAUGCUGCUCUGCUGUACUUUGAAGCAACGCUUGGGACAUUAACAAGGACAAAGGAGAGCAUUGGGCGUGCCACACGCAUUGCUAUUGAUUGUGCCAAGUUUGGCAGUGCGGCUAAGGUGGUGGAGAUUCUUGCCCAUAGUCUGGAAACUGAGUCAAGCUUGCAUCGACGGGUGGAUUUGUUUUUUCUUGUUGAUUCCAUUGCGCAGUGUUCUCGAGGUUUAAGGGGUGACGUUGGCGGAGCAUAUCCUUCUGCUAUCCAAGCAGUUCUGCCACGCCUAUUGUCAGCUGCGGUGCCUCCUGGAAAUACCGCACAAGAAAAUCGUAGGCAGUGUCUUAAGGUUCUAAGGCUGUGGUUGGAGAGAAGAAUUCUGCCAGAAUCAAUUAUACGUCAUCAUAUCCGGGAAUUGGACUUGUAUAGUGUGUCUGCAUCUGCAGGUGCCUUCUCGCGACGUUCUUUAAGAACAGAGAGGGCUUUAGAUGACCCUAUCAGGGAUAUGGAGGGUAUGCUUGUAGACGAAUAUGGAAGUAACUCGAGUUUUCAGCUACCUGGAUUUUGCAUGCCCCGAAUGCUUAAAUGUGAAGAUGAUGGGAGCGAUUCUGAUGGGGGAAAAUUUGAGGCAGUCACUCCUGAGCAUGAUUCUGAAGCACACGAAGUGUGUGAAAUGACUCCUACACUUGAAAAGCAUAGACAUAUCUUGGAAGACGUUGAUGGUGAGCUUGAAAUGGAAGAUGUGGCUCCCUCUUGUGAUGUCGAAAUGAAUUCAAUUUUAGAUAUUAAUAAUGGAGGAAAUGGGGAUGCCGCACAUAUGUCUAAUUGUGUGACAAGUAAUCUGAUGGAGAAGAACAUUCCUGUGUCCUUUGUUCCUCCUUUGCCUCAGGAUGUACCUCCAUUGUCCCCUCCUUUGCCAUUAUCCUCUCCACCUCCCCCACCGCCACCCCCACCCCCUCCCCAACCUCCUUCCCUCCCCUUCACGCCAGCUAUCUCUCAUCCAUAUAGCACUGGAGCUAUUUCAAAACUCAAUAAAGAUGCACAGAUUGUGAAAGAUAACCCACUGCCCUCAGUGACUGAGGCUUUGGCCGCACCAAGGGAUAACCAACCUUUGCAUGAGGUUGUUCCCUAUCGAGUUCCAGAAUGUAGGGAUAUGCCAAUGCAGCUGCCUGAGUCUACUUCCUCUUUCAGCAGUCAUCCACCGCCACCUGACAACUUUCGUUAUUUUGAUGGUGCUAGUGUGCAUGCUAAAGGUUACCCUUUACGUCCACCUCAUCAAGUGCCCUCCAAUCAGUUUUCUUUUGUUCAUGGGGACCAGCAUGUGAAGCCACGAAGGGAGGCUCCACCCCCUUCAUACUCCAAUAGACACCACUCUAUGCAUAACACGGAGAGAGAGAACUUCCGCAAUAAUCAUGAUAGAUUAAAACCACCUCCAUAUGACUUCCGAGAGAGAUGGAGAGUUCCUGCUCCUUACUCUGGUUCUCGGUAUCAAGAUAGAGGUGUGCCUCCCCCUUAUGGCUGUCACCCAUGUGAAUCAGCUGGAUUACCAGACCAUGGGUGGAGAUUCCCUCCCCGGUCAAUGAAUCACAGGAACUCUAUGCCUUUUAGACAACCCUUUGAUGAUGCCAUUCCGAUGGCAAGUAGAGGUCCGGGCUUUUGGCGACCAAGAUGAGCAGAAAUGACCAGCAAACUGAAGCGGAUACGCUUCUAUCUAUUUGAGGGGGAAUUUCCAUUCUAUCGUUUUGUACAUGCUUGAACCUUUGGAGAUGGUUGAGCAGAGUCUGCACAGGAUAUCGUAGUAAUCUGCUAGAUUUGUACAUAUGUAUUUAGCCUCCUCUGCAAAAUGCAGGGCAGGGAGAGUCUUUGUAGAGUGAGAGUUGUAACUUAUUCAGGUUGUCAUGUAUCAAUUUUUUAAUCUCAAGUUUUAUUAUUUCAUGAAAGCCCUUAUAGAACUUAGAUUGAUAGCUGCAUAAAAUUUUCUCGGGCUGUUUCUUGAAAUUGUUUAUCUUAAUAUAUUAAAGAACUUCUCUCUUCCGGGCAA